CCCAUUUGGUCGACAAUAUCAUUGAUCACCGCAAAGAUGUCGCCAUCACAGCCAUUGCCACCAAAGGAGAACGCGUUGUUCAAGAAGAUCCUCAAGUGUUAUGAACACAAACAAUACAAGAAUGGUCUGAAGUUUGCCAAACAGAUACUAACGAAUCCCAAACACACUGAACACGGAGAGACACUGGCCAUGAAAGGACUUACACUCAACUGUUUGGGCCGUAAAGAUGAGGCCUAUGACUAUGUGAGGCGUGGUUUACGCAAUGAUCUUCAGUCGCACGUGUGUUGGCACGUAUAUGGUUUGCUUCAAAGGUCAGACCAUAAGUACGAUGAGGCCAUUAAAUGUUACCGAAAUGCACUCAAAUGGGACAAAGACAACAUACAGAUCUUGCGUGACUUGAGUUUAUUGCAGAUACAAAUGCGUGAUCUCGAGGGCUAUCGAGACACGAGGUAUCAGUUGUUUGCAUUGAGACCAACCCAAAGAGCCUCGUGGAUCGGCUACUCAAUGGCCUAUCAUUUACUUAAAGAUUACGAAAUGGCUGCAAAAAUAUUGGAUGAGUUCCGCAAAACAAGUCAAUCACAGCAACAGAAAGCGAUGCAUAACCAAAACAAUGCGGCCAACAGUGGCUCCGGUGGUGGCCAGAGAAUGCAGAGUGAGUUCUACGAGAACUCGGAAUUAUUGCUCUAUCAGGUGAUGAUCCUAAAGGAGGCCAACAAUUAUUCCGAAGCGUUGUCUUAUUUGGAGAAAAACGAGUCGGAUAUUUGUGAUAAACUGGCCAUAAGUGAGUUUAAAAGUGAAUUAAUGGUUUCCAACGGGAAAUUCAAAGAGGCAAAGAAGUUAAUUAAAGAUCAGCUCAUUGGUCGCAAUCCGGAAAACUCAAACUAUUAUUAUCUAUUAGAGCGGGCAUUGGGUUUAACUGGCGAUCACGAGAACGAAAGGCUUAAACUCUAUCUCGACUUUCAACGACAAUAUCCCAGAAGUCAAUCGCCAUUUCGAUUACCACUAAAUUUUGUGACAAAUCAGAACUUAUUUAAAGAAAUGAUUGACAUCUACUUUAGAAAAAGCUUACGAAAAGGACAGCCGGCGUUAUUCAAAGAUAUUAAAAGUAUUUAUAAUAAUGAAUUGCGAGAUAAAUCAAAUAAUAAUUAUAUAACACAUAAGUUAAUAAUAAAUAACAAAAGUUUGCCGAAAAAGAUUGAGAUAAUACAGGAUUUGAUGUUAAGUUAUGUACAAAAUUUGAUAAAUUUUGAUAGCUUUGACAGCAAUGAAUCCUCGUGCGGGUCGGAGGCCGUAACGUGUCUUCUAUGGGUCUACUAUUACUUAGCUCAACAUUAUGACUAUCUCAAAGAUUAUAAAGAGGCGCUCAAGUAUGCUAAUAUAGCACUGGAACAUACACCAACACUCAUUGAACUUUAUGUGGUUAAAGCCAAGAUCCAUAAGCACGCCGAAGAAAUUGAUGAAGCGAUUAAAUGCAUGGAUGAGGCACAGAGUCUGGACACCGCCGAUAGGUUUCUCAACUCUAAAUGCGCCAAAUACUUGUUGCGCGGCAACAAAGUUACCGAAGCCGAAGAAAUGUGCGCCAAAUUUACUCGUGAAGGAGUGCCGGCCAGUGAAAACCUUAAUGAAAUGCAAUGCAUGUGGUUUCAGACGGAAUCGGCUCUGGCUUACAAACGACAAGAGAAAUGGGGUGAAGCGCUCAAGAGAUGCAUUGAAAUUGAUAGACAUUUUGCUGAGAUCAAUGAGGAUCAGUUCGAUUUCCAUACUUAUUGUAUGCGUAAAAUGACACUUCGCUCUUACAUCGAAUUGCUUCGACUCGAAGACGUCCUGAAGUCGCAUAUCUUUUACUUCAAAGCGGCAAAGAUUGCCAUUGAAGUGUACUUACGGUUACACGACAAACCACUCGGUGAUAAUGAAGAGUUGGAAGAUAAGAACAUAUCGAAUAUGUCGGCUUCGGAACUAAAGAAACUACGGAACAAACAACGAAAGGCCAAACUGAAGGCCGCGACUGCCGAGAAGGAGAAGACAGAAAAUGAUAAACAGAAUCAGCAAAAUGACAAAAACUCUGAGAAUACCAGUGAACUACAUCAGGAAAAGUUGGACACCAAGAAACUCGAACGACCCGAAAGCCCUUUGGCCGAAGCUAUCAAGUUCUUGACACCACUUCAGAUGUUGUCCAAAGAGAGACUCGAAACACAUUUGUUGGCCUUCGAGAUAUAUUAUCGCAAGAAUAAAGUGAUGCUUAUGUUACAGUCACUCAAACGGGCGGUCAAAAUGACUGAUUCCAGUCACCCGACACUUCAGAAACAGUUGCAACAGUUCGGCCAAUUGGUUGAAGCAAACAAAGAGCAACUCAAUGAAUCAUUAUUACAGGUGUUAGACAAGGAAAUGACUAAAUUACCAAAAGUGUCCGCCAAUACUAAUAAUAGUAAUACUUCUAAUUGAUAGACAAUUAAUUAUUUGCUAACUUUUUCAGAUAAAGUGAUUAUAAUAAUUCAAUAUAUUAUUUGACUGAUAUAUAUUAAUAUGAGUUUCUAUACACAAAAUUCUCUUUUUGUUAUUAUGUUAUUAUUAUAAUUAAAUUAAUUAUU